ACUCGUUUAUUUUAAACUAAAACGUACAAUGCAGACAAAAACUUAUAUCCCUAUAAAAACUCAUUCGAACGAGUAUCUUCCUCAUCAAAUCACUUAACCUUCUAAAGCUCAUCUCUCUCUUACCAAAAAUCACAGUCUCUCUAUCCCUACUUAAAUCUUCUAGAAGAAUCGUUCAUAAACCGGUUAUUCAAGGUAAAAACAAAGCGGAUAUGGAAAGCAUCAUCAUGAACUUGAAGAGAAAGGAGAAGAAAUCACAAAGUAGAAGACUUGGGAAGUAUCUUAAAGAACAGAAAGGGAGGAUUUACAUCAUUAGAAGAUGUGUGAUGAUGCUCCUUUGUUCACGUGAUUGAUAUUCAUUUAUUCGUUACGAUACAGUGUAACAUGUACAAACAUAUAUACAUGUACGUGUAUAUAUGUGUGUGAGAGUGUUCAGAAAUCAGGGUAAAGCAUGUAAACACACGUAUAAAUGUUUGUGCCCUAAUGCGAAAUUUUGUAAAUGAAAAAGUUACUUGUUACUACAAUA